CGAUUAUUUGGAGAUUUGAGGUAGAAGCCGGAGAGAAACACUUCGAUGCUUUUCCUACGGUGCCGCAAGCUCCAUCCCCCAAAACCCUAGAUUCUCGAGAAGGGGAUCGAGGAUACUUUCAUCCAUUUGUGUCUGUUAAUAGAUUCAUACCUUUAAGUCUGCAAUAACAUCUUUGAUUCUCAUCAAAGCCAAUCAAAUAAACAAAGGCAUCAAUGGCCGGGUACAGAAUAUGCCUUCAAACUGGAAGACUUGCUGGUGUGGCUAUAUUGGUUUCUGGUGGGAUUGUUUUGCAAAUUCUGGCAUGUGCUUUGUACAAUAAUUGGUGGCCGAUGUUGACUGUGUUGAUGUAUGUCAUCCUUCCAAUGCCCUUGUUGUUCUUUGCAAGUUCAGACACCUCACUGAUGUCCAGUGAUUCAAACAGUGGUUGGGAGAAAUUCACAAAGUUCUUGACUGGAGCUUCAGUGGUAGGAAGCAUUGCAAUACCAUCAAUCCUAAAGCAUGCAGGAAUCAUUGGAUGGCCAGCUCUGUUAAUGGAGCUUUCAUCUUUUGUCGUCUUUGGUGUAGCUAUUCUAUGGCACCUUAAAAUGGGCAAUGAAGAUGAGUACAGCAUGUUUUGAUAUUUGAAAGCAGCCAUUAUUGUGAUCCUUGAUAGAGAAACAUCUCCUCAUUGAUGUACAAAAGUGUUCAUUCUGUUUCUUAUUAAUUGGGUUCAAAUGUGACUGGUCUAACUGUUUUGCUGGAAUGUAGAUGCUGUUAAUAUGAAUGUUGUUUGCUUUAAAAUUUAGUAUUUGUGUGGAUUA